AAAACUCGUAAAACAUGAUCGCCUCACACACCACCAUCAUCCGCGCCGCACUGCGAACUGCCACCUAGCAGCUCCCCCACGCCAGCGCUAGGGCCUUCGCGACAACACAGCGCCGCUUCGACAACACGCAGCCCAAGUCGUCGGAGCCAGUGGGCGAGGUCAAGGGCACGGCCGGAAAGUUCAACAAGGACGGCACGAACCCGAACAAGCAACUGAUGCGGACCCCCAAGCAGUCGCACACCAGCAUCAGCUGAAUACGCCUGGCCAGGCUCGUUGAAGUUGGGAGAUGGAUGGAUGGAUGGAUGGAUACUUUUGAAAGCACGACGGGGUAUUCUAGUGGUCACACAUGGGAAAACGAACUAGGUUGUCCCCCAGCUUGGCGUUGCUUCUUCAUGUUUAGUUUAUGUGUAUUAGGGGCUAAGCAGAUUAGCUCGCGGGCUGCCUCGGCCAUCUUGCCUUAUUGCCUUUUCAUCUUAAACUAAUUUUCGUCCCAACUCUCCCCACAUUGAACAUUGAACGAGCGGCAGGUGAUAUGUACCCC